AUGACCCUGAGCUUGAUUCCAUACAGAGCUAAAGGCCUUCUCGUUUUGUUCCUCGCUGAGCAAUCAACACCAGUGCUUUUCGCGCAUAUUUUCACAAAUUCAGACUGGUGGAAAAUGGCUAUCGAAAGUGUUGGUGGAUCCAUUUUAUCUAAGAUAGCAGAACUCUUGGUGGAACCAACAAUAAGGCAGUUCCGUUACAUGUUCUGUUUCAACAAUUUUGUUCAAGAAUUCAAUGAACAGAAGAAGAACCUGGCUUUGACUCUUGAUCGUUUGCAAAACGCUGUCGAAGUUGCUGAAAGAAAUGCUGAAGAAAUUGAGAAGGAUGUCAACAAAUGGUUGGAAGAUGCAAAAAACGAAAUUGAAGGUGUUAAUCGUUUGGAAAAUGAAAAGGGAAAAAAUAGCAAAUGCUUUAAUUGGUGUCCAAAUUGGAUACCACAAUUCAAGUUAAGCAAGGCCCUGGCAAAAAAGAUAGAGACUUUGAAAAAACUUGAAGAAAAUAGCAGAAAGUUUCCAAAAGUGUCCCACAAAGCACCUCUUCAAGACACAGAGUUUCUUCCAUCAAAGGGAUUCACACCCUCAGAAUCGUCAAAAGAAGCUUUUGAACAAAUUAUGAAAGCUCUCAAAGAUGACAAUGUCAAUAUGAUCGGACUGUACGGCAUGGGAGGGGUGGGUAAAACCACCCUGGUGAAAGAAGUAGGCAGGAAAGCCAAAGAGUUGCAGCUUUUUAAUGAAGUUUUGAUGGCUACGGUGUCCCAGAAUCCACAUGUCACAGACAUGCAGGAUCAAAUGGCAGAUAGUUUAGGUCUGCAUUUUGACGAGAAAAGUAAAGAAGGGAGAGCAGGUCGGUUAUGGCAGAGACUGCAGGGAAAGAAGAUGCUUAUAAUCCUAGAUGAUGUUUGGAAAGAUAUUGACUUGAAAGAGAUAGGGAUCCCAUUUGGUGACGCUCACAGGUGUUGUAAAAUUGUUAUAACAACACGUCUUGAAAACAUAUGUUCUUAUAUGGAGUGCCAGCAAAAAGUGUUUUUAAGAGUCUUAUCUGAAGAGGAAGCAUGGGCUUUAUUCAAAAUCAAUGCAGGUUUACGUGAUGAGGACUCUGACUUGAACAGAGUGGCAAAGGAGGUUGCGAGAGAAUGCCAAGGCUUGCCUUUAGCACUUGUGGCAGUGGGAAAGGCUCUAAAAGAUAAAUCUGAACAUGAGUGGGAAGUAGCAUCUGAAGAGCUCAAAAAAUCUCAAUCUCGGCACGUGGAAACAUUUGAUGACCGAAGAAAUGCAUAUGCAUGUCUUAAAUUGAGCUAUGAUUAUUUGAAGCACGAGGAAACCAAGCUAUGUUUCUUGCUAUGCUGUUUAUUUUCAGAAGAUUACAACAUUCCAAUCGAGGAGUUGACGAGAUAUGCAGUUGGCUACGGGUUAUAUCAAGAUGUGAAGUUCAUUGAAGGUGCAAGGAAACGAGUUUAUAUGGAAAUCGAAAACCUCAAAGCUUGUUGUAUGCUGUUAGGAACUGAAACUGAAGAAUAUGUGCAAAUGCAUGACUUGGUUCGUGAUGUUGCUAUUCAGAUAGCAUCAUCAGAAAAAUACAGAUUCAUGGUAAAGGCUGGCUUUGGGUUGAAGGAGUGGCCAAUGAGCAAUAGAAGAUUUGAAGGUUGUACAGUAAUUUCGUUAAUGGGCAAUAAACUAGCAGAACUUCCUCAAGGAUUGGUUUGUCCACAGCUCAAAGUUCUAUUAUUAGAACUGGAUGAUGGUCUGAAUGUUCCAGAGAGGUUUUUUGAAGGAAUGAAAGAAAUUGAAGUUUUGUCUCUGAAGGGAGGGUGCUUGUCAUUGCAAUCACUUGAAUUCUCAACAAACCUUCAAUCAUUGCUGUUAGUCGAAUGUAUAUGCAAGGACCUCGUUUCAUUGAGAAAGCUGCAAAGACUUAAGAUUCUUGUUUUCAUGUGGUGCGACUCCAUUAAAGAAUUACCUGAGGAAAUGGGGGAGCUCAAGGAGUUAAGAUUGUUGGAUGUGACAGGUUGUAUGUACGUUGCAAGCAUUCCUGUGAAUUUGAUUGGAAGGUUGAAGAUGUUAGAAGAACUAUUGAUCUGGGAUGGCAGCUUCACGGGAUGGGACAGCACAGGAGGAAUGAAUGCAAGAGUAACAGAACUAAAUUCGCUGUCUCAUUUGGCCGUAUUAUCAUUGACGAUACCGAAGGUUGAAUGCAUUCCCAGAGAUUUUGUUUUUCCCAGGUUGCUCAAAUAUGAUAUAGUGUUAGGGAAUGGGUAUUCAAUAACAGCAUACCCAAUCUUGACAAGAUUAUAUUUGGGUGAUAUCAGCGCCACAUCCUUAAAUGCAAAGACAUUUGAGCAGUUGUUUCCUACUGUGUCUCAAAUUGGUUUUAGCAACGUUGAGGGUUUAGAAAAUAUAGUAUUGUCCUCUGAUCAGAUGACCACCCAUGGCCAUGGGUCGCAAAAGGACUUCUUACAAAGAUUAGAACAUGUAGAAGUGGCUGCAUGUGGGGAUAUUCGCACUCUGUUUCCAGCAAAAUGGCGGCAAGCUUUGAAAAAUCUAAGGAGUGUGGAAAUUAAUCACUGCAAUUCAUUGGAAGAGAUAUUUGAAUUGGGUGAGGCUGAUGAAGGAAGCAGUGAGGAAAAGGAGCUGCCGCUGCUAUCAUCUUUAACGGAGUUACAGCUGUCCUGGUUACCUGAGCUCAAAUGGAUAUGGAAGGGGCCCAGUAGACAUGUCAGCCUCCAAAGUCUUAAUCAUCUGGAGUUGUGGUAUCUUAGCAAACUAACAUUUAUCUUCACGCCGUCCCUGGCUCAAAGUCUUAUUCAUCUAGAAACACUACGGAUAGAAUAUUGCCGUGGAUUGAAGCAUCUUAUCAGAGAAAAGGAUGACGAAAGGGAAAUCAUUCCAGAGUCUCUUCGCUUCCCAAAGUUAAAAACUCUCUCUAUAAGUGACUGUGAUAAACUGGAACAUGUCUUCCCUGUCUCCGUGUCUCCAAGUCUUCUGAACCUGGAACAGAUAAAGAUUACUUUUGCUGACAAUUUAAAGCAAAUAUUUUACAGUGGAGAAGGAGAUGCACUCACCAGAGAUGGCAUCAUCAACUUCCCUCGGCUAAGAGAAUUGUCUCUUUCAUGUUGCAGCUUUUUUGGUCGAAAGAAUUUUACUGCCCAAUUGCCUUCUUUGCAAGAGUUAACCAUUAAAGGCCACCAAGAAUUGAGUAAUUUGUUGACACAGCUCCAUGGGCUUACAAAUUUGAGAGGAAUAUAUAUUACAGACUGCAAAGGAGCACAAGAUUUAAUGCAGGUUGGAAGUUUUUUAACUAAUAGAAGAACUGGGCAUGAACUUUCACUCUUGAGUUUGGAAACAUUACACGUAGACUCCUUCCCUGACAUGAAGUGUAUAUGGAAGGGUCUCUUGCUGAGUCAUUUGACUACUUUGAUGGUGAGGAAAUGUCAAAGACUAGCACAUGUAUUUACAAGCAGCAUGAUUGCUAGUCUAGUUCAACUGAAAGUUCUAGACAUAUCAACCUGUGAGGAAUUGGAGCAAAUAAUUGCUAAGGAUAAUGAUGACGAAAAGCUUCAGAUAUUGUCAAGAAGUGAUCUCCAAUCUUUAUGCUUCCCUAAUUUGUGUCGGCUUGAAAUCGAAAGAUGCAACAAGUUGAAGAGUCUCUUCCCAGUAGCCAUGGCUUCAGGUCUCCCAAAGCUCCAAAUACUAAAAGUAAGCCAAUGCUCUCAGCUAUUGGGAGUAUUUGGGCAGGACGAUCAUGCUUCACCUUUCAAUGUUGAGAAGGAGAUGGUGCUCCCUGAUAUGCUGGAGCUGUUGCUAGAAAAUUUACCAGGUAUAGUUUGCUUCAGUCCUGGAUGUUAUGAUUUCUUAUUCCCUCGUCUGAAGACGUUGAAGGUGUAUGAAUGCCCGAAGCUGACCACAAAAUUUUCUACUACAACAAAUGGUUCAAUGAGUGCUCAAUCAGAGGUGCUGCUUAUUGGACUUGAUUUCUUGCCUCUCUUUUAG